UAAAAAAAAAUUAUAUGCUUGUAAUGGAUAGAUUGGGUAUAGAUUUGAGAAAAUAUUUGCAACAAAAUCAUAAUCAACUUACUUGGAAAGUAAGAAUUUUUAUUGCUCACAGGAUAAUUAGUGCACUUGCUAUAAUUCACAAAAAAAAUGUAAUUCAUAGAGAUUUGCAUUCUGGAAAUAUAUUGCAUUCUCCAAGAAGUGAUAGGUGGCGUAUUAGUGAUCUUGGAUUUUGUGGCCCUGCAGAUAAACCAACAAAAAGUAUAUAUGGAAAUCUUCCCUAUAUAGCACCUGAGGUUAUUUCUGGAAAACAAACUACAACAGCAUCUGAUAUUUAUAGUGUUGCAAUGCUUAUGUGGGAGAUUUCAUCUGGACAACCACCAUUUAUUAAUUAUGAACAUGAUUAUGAUCUUGCAAUGAAUAUAAUUAAUGGUAUAAGGCCAAGAAUAGUAUCAGGAACUCCUUUAGAAUAUAAAAAUUUAAUUGUACAAUGUUGGGAUGCCGAUCCAUCAAAAAGACUUAAUAUCAGUGAACUUCUAAGAAAAAUAAGAGAAAUUGAUUUAUCAUAUCAAAACAUGCCAAAUGAAUCAUUUCAAACCAAUAUAACUAAUAAUUUAGAAUCAGGUUUUACAAAUACAUAUAACAAAUUAUUUACAAGUAAAAUUCACCAAUUUGAAAAUUUUCCUGAACCAAGAAAUGCAACUGAAGAAGAACAAGAAGUUGAUGAUUUUGAUAAAUCAAGUACUAAUCAGAAAAGCAAUAGUGCAUCAUCAACAAUAAGUAAUAAUUUUGAAGGUAAUUUCAUCCGCAAGUUAUUGAAUUUAUCAUCUACUAACUCUUCUUCUGAACCCCGAAAUGUGGAGAAUUAGCAACGUUAUCUUUUUAUAUAUACUAAACAAUUAAUAUUUAAUACUUUUUAGGCGAUAACAAAGACUUACUAACAAAAUUUAAUGAAUUACAAAUAAAUUCAGAAAAUGGUAGGCGAAUAAUAUAAAAAUAGAUAAUAUAUUGAGUCGUAGCAGGCUGCUUCCUAAGGAGAUCAGGCCAAGGGGAGCCAAGGCAACCUAAACUAGAUGUUCGUUUUUUCAAAGGGUUUGUGGUCUAACUGGAAAAACAAUUAAUAACUAUUAAUUAUAAUAAUAAUUUUUAUUAUUUAGAUACCCAAAAUAAUUUUAUUAAAGACGAACAACAAAUAAAAAAUUAUCAUAUUGAUAUUAGUGAUGAAGAUGAGAUAUGUAAUAAUCCAAAUUUU